CCAACGCCAUUUUGACGACGAUUUGAGCAUGCACGAAAAUUGCGUAUAAAUUCUGAUGCUUUACGUUCACACUGAUUCUUUGUGUAGUUUAGUUUUCGUUUAGUUAGUUAGUUAUCUGAAACUAAUAUGAAAUAUUGUACAAUCAGAUAGCCUGUAGUCGUCACAACUGUGUUAAUUGAUAAGUAACUUAGAAGCUGUCAUAUCCAGCAACAGAUAAUGGAGGGAGGGACAUUAAUAGCAAAGAAUCCUACGAUGCCUUCCAUGCAUCAGACAGCAGCUACCCAGCGCAUGCCACCAAAAAUGUUUAAAGACACUGCUGUACCUGAUAUGCGAAUGGGAAAUUUAAGAGAUCGAGGGCCAGCAAAUGUUUUACCUGCAGGCAUUGCAAAUGCAGCACAAUUUGAUGGAAAACGCAUGCGAAAGGCAAUACACCGCAAGACAAUUGACUAUAACCCCACCAUAAUAAGGUACCUGGAGGAUCGUGUAUUUCAAAGGGAUUACAGAGACAGACCUGCUAUACAGCCUGAUUCCCUGUAUGCGUGUCAGCUUUUGCCACCAUCUGCUCUUUUGGACAAGCCAAUGAACUGUGUUACUACCAAGUUUGUACGAACUUCCACCAAUAAGUUUCGCUGUCCUAUCUUUUGUCUCACAUGGACACCAGAAGGUCGUCGACUGGUUACUGGAGCUUCCAGUGGUGAAUUUACUUUAUGGAAUGGGCUGACUUUUAACUUUGAAACAAUUCUACAGGCGCAUGAUUCUUCUGUGAGAGCAAUGCGUUGGAGCCACAAUGACCUCUGGAUGGUGACUGCAGACCAUGCUGGCUACAUCAAAUACUGGCAGAGCAACAUGAACAAUGUCAAGAUGUACCAGGGACACAAGGAGGCUAUCCGUGGCAUCAGUUUUGCCCCCACAGACAGUAAAUUUGCUACAUGUUCAGAUGAUGGUACAGUCAGAAUAUGGGACUUCAUGAGGUGUCACGAAGAAAAAAUACUUCGAGGUCAUGGUGCUGAUGUCAAGUGUGUUGACUGGCACCCCCAGAAGUCUCUUGUAGCUUCAGGCAGCAAAGAUAACCAACAGCCAAUCAAACUAUGGGAUCCUCGCACUGGCAACAGUCUUGCCACACUCCAUGCUCACAAGCACACAGUAAUGGAUCUGAGUUGGAACCAGAAUGGGCAGUGGCUGUUGACAGCUUCUAGGGAUCACCUGCUGAAGCUGUUUGACAUUCGAAACCUCAAAACAGAACUGCAAACUUUCAAAGGGCACAAGAAAGAGGCUACUUCUAUAGCUUGGCAUCCUAUCCAUGAGUCACUUUUUGCAACUGGCGGUUCUGAUGGUUCCCUAAUGUUCUGGCUUGUUGGGUGUGAUCGUGAGGUGGGAAGCAUGGAGGAAGCACAUGAUGGCAUGGUUUGGAGUCUGGGCUGGCAUCCUCUGGGCCAUAUACUUGUUUCUGGUUCCAAUGAUCAUUCAACCAAAUUCUGGACACGCAAUCGUCCAGGUGAUGAGAUGAGGGACCGCUACAAUUUAAACAAUUUGCCAGCUGGUGUUGAGCAAGAGCUGCUGGAAUAUAAUCAAGAACCACAGCUGAUGCCAAACCUGCCAGGCAUGGGACUAGAGCAUGGACUACCAGACCAUCUCCAGUCCAAAGAGGAGAGUGAGUAUGAAGAACUUCCAAAUAUCCCUGGUUUAGACUGGAACAUGGACUCGCCUUUCUUCAAGCAGCUUGAUCUUAACAAACUUCCACAAAAGAAGAUUCCAUUUGCAAAGCCUAUCCCUAAAAGCUUUGAGCAAGCCUGGCUUGGAAACAAGCCAAUGGUGCCAGUAGCCAAUGCACCAAAAGAAGAAAAAAAAGGACCACAUAUGCAGCAGCAACAGCAGAAACCAUCGCGCAGUGAUGGUAACAAAGGAAGCAAUGGUGGUAUUCCAGGCCUACCAGGUGUGACUCCUGAAGCCCUAAGCAUUCUCCUGGGCGUUAAUCCUGGAUCCAUACCUCCUGCUGCAUUAAUGGGAAUGCUGAGCAGUGCAGGCAACCUGAUGCAGCUGCAGCAGAGUGGAAUACUGGCAAUUCAGCAGCAAGCCCUCCUCCUACAGCAGCAGGCUGCCAUGUCACAGCAGGCUUUGCAGCAGCAGCAGAAUGCAUCAGGCCAGGCACCUCAGGGCUUGCAGCAGCAACACAAACCAGGAGAAAAUAAUCCCCAGCUACAGUCACAGCUGGGGCAGCAGCAGCAGCAAAUACCAGGUGCCUUAAAGCAGCCCAUACUAGGUCCUAUGCAGCAACAAGGCAUGCCACUAAGGCCUCCAAUGCCAUCACCACAACAGCUGCAGCCACCACAGAUGCAACUGCCAAAUAUGCAGCCUAUGAGCAUGAGACCAAUGAUAAAUCAGUUCCGUCCACCUAUGCCUGGCCAAGGGCAGCAACAGCAGUUGCCAGCAGAAGGGAUCAAACAGGCUGGACAGAUGGGCAGCCAGAACCAGUUCCGACCUCCAGGACCUGGCCAGUUUGGUCCAUCCUGCCAACAGUUCAAACCCAAGCCACAGCAAAUGGGAGGACAACCAUCUCCAGGUAAUCAGAGCAUAAUGGAUCAGGACCUCAGGCGACCUGCAGGCCCAACUACUCCUUCCUCCACUCCCCAGCAGCCUAGUAGUACUUUGGAUAUGGAUUUCCGACGCCAGGGGACUCCUGGAACGCCAGAGCAGUUUGGAUCGGAAGGUGACCUGGACUUGAGGCACACAGGGGGCAGAGGAAUGGGUGCAGGUCGCUUUCCGCCACAAGGACGAGGGGGUAGAGGUGGAGGGAGUAGCAGUGUCCCCAACAAGCAAGGGGCUCAGUACCAUGACAGUGACAUGCGUCUUCAGCAACAGUACUAUGGUGGGGAGCGGGGGAUGAGUGGGGGUGGUGGAGGAGGUUAUGCAGAUGAUGGCUAUGGUGACCAUUACAUGGAAGAACAGUAUGGGGACUUUGAUGCUCGUGGUGGUGGUGGUGGUGGUGGUGGUGGACGGGAUAAAGACGAUCGUUACAUGCAGGGCAGUGGUGGCAGUGCUGAUGGUGGCUACUCAAUGCAUUCAGACAUGUACGGUAAUGCUGGAUACAAAGGCAGCUACCAGGACAGGCAGGGUGCAGGUCCUGCAAGAGACAGAAACCACUUUGAAGAAGAGCAGCAGGUGGGCCGAAAACGCCAAUGGGAGGAAGGCCCUGGCUUAGGUGCCCGAGGCCGCCCGCAGGAUCCACGUGUGCCUGGAGGGCAUGGAGGUGCCAGAAGGGGGAUGGUUUACAAUGGUCCUGCUGGUCCUCUUGAAGGCAGAAGAGGAGGUCGAGGUCGUGGUGGUUACAGGGGAGGAUGGUGAACACUGUACACAUUUUGUUUCAUCAGACUGUGAAAUAAGAGGCCAAGCAGAUGCUCAGAAAUGAAGAAAGAUAAUUGCAGGCCAGUAGUGCUCAGUCAAGCUUCACCAUAUUUCUCACUGUUUGCAAAGUUGAAAGAUUGUUCCAUAAGACAACAUAUUUUCUCCCUCCUGACACACCAUGAGACAAACUCCUGACAGAAUUGUAAUCAAAAACUUACUUCAUUUAAAUAUUCUUGCACAUAUGUGUAUGCACACAUGCAUCUGCAUGCAGACAGACUCACAGCAGUCUUCCUCUCAUAAAAUUAUGCCAGCACAUUGCAUUCAUGCAUGUUUACAUGAAAUGGCAGUUGGUGGUAAUGGUGUGUAGCUUCUUGAUGCGACAAACUGGUCAUGCAGUUCUUGGUUGUUUAUCCUAUGUUGGCAUCCAAAUAAAAACCCUGUGAUUGGCAGGGAUCAGCAGGUGAUCUAGAUUAUGUGUGGACAAAGAACUUGAGUUUACCUUUUUUCUAUACAUCUUCACAAAAUAUACAGAGGCGAUCGGAGCUGAAGUCAGAUUAUCAGAUUUCUGGUGAGAGGUUUUAGGUAGUUGCUUUAAUUUGUAUUACAACAUUGACAUCAACUGUAUCAUGAUUGCUACUAUAAAUGUGCUAAUAUUUGAA